ACACCUGCAAUUCUAAAAUCUAGUCAGCAAUUCCCACACGAAUAGCGAAAACUUGUAACCAAACAACAUUUUCGCUUUUGCCCAAAUCAAAAUCCCUAAAAUCUCCGUCGAAUUUUCCUUCGUCACCGUGAACCUCCUCCUCCUCCUCGAAGUUCCAGCAACAGCAUCUCUAUCUGAAACUACAGCACUCUGAUCCGUAAAAGUCUCGUACAAAUACCAUUCUCUCUCUAUCUGUCUCUCUCGCCGGAGUAGCUUCUCCUCCUGUGGAAAUCUCUUUCUUGCCUUGCCGGGUUUCGAAUGGCCCGUAGAGUGAUGAAGAAAGAGACAGAGUGAAGAGUAGAAGGGAUUUGUGGCAAAGGCUUUUACCUAAUGAUUUGGAUUUGUGAACUGUUUCUGGCUUUAACUGAAGUUCUUCGUGGGCAUCAUAUUGGAACUAGCAGCUCUGCUUUUAAGAAUCAUGUCAUUGCCUAAUGAGGACAAUAUCGCUUCUCAGCUUUCAUCUCACUUUUUCGGAGAUCUCCUUGAUUCCAUUAUUGUUGAUGUGGCAUCUGAAUGUCAUCGAAUAGCAAGGUUGGGUCUUGAUCGUAAUAUGGAAGAUGAAGAAGAAGAACUGAGGUUGUCAGCACAAGCCCGGGUAAGGGUAGCUGAUCCUAGUAAUAGUGGUGAAGCUAAUAGCAAGUAUGUGGUUGACAUAUUUGGACAGUCUCAUCCUUCUGUAGCCAGUGAAGUAUUUGAGUGCAUGAAUUGUGGUCGAUCUAUCGUGGCUGGGAGAUUUGCUCCUCAUUUGGAGAAGUGCAUGGGAAAGGGUAGAAAGGCUCGACCCAAGGUGACAAGAAGUAGCACAGCUGCACAGAACCGGUAUUCACGAGGCAGCCCUGUUUCCACAUAUUCUCCUUAUUCAAAUUCCACCAGCUCAAACCGGUUAUCAAAUGGAACAUCCGGUGUUGCAGGUGAGGAGUAUUCGAAUGGCACAUUUCAAGAGCCAUGAAGCAGAUGAAUUGCUAAGGCUUACUUCAAGAUAUAGUUGAACGGCCAAUACCAUAUACCUGGCUGAAAAAUAAUAUUUUAAUUUUUCUUUUGGUGGGAAACUGGGAAUGUAUGGCUGAACAAUUAAGACGAUUUUAUCAGUUUGUGCCCAGCGGCUUGUCAUCUGAAAGUCUGGUGAGUUCAUUGUUCUUUAGAUGUUUGGACUCGACAGUUGUGAAUGGGUUGGGGACCAAUAUUGUUGACACCCGGCUUGCGAAUGUAGUUUGAACUUCGAAUGGCAUCAAGAGUAAGAAAGGCAAAUGAAAAUUGUUAGCCUUAGUUUUAAGGGUUUUCUUUUCAA